AUGUUGCCAAAGCCCGGACCGCGGGAAAUAAAAUCGGGCGAAGGACAUGAGCGGGCCCGGGACCCGGCGUGCCUCCAGGCCCCGGGCUCCCCGGGCAGGCGUGUCCGCGGCCGGCCGGUGACCCUGGGCGCUGUGCCUCUCUUUGAAGGGAAGCCGCUGCUGUGGAGCCCCUUCAUCCAGCGGCCGCUGCACAAGAGGAAAGGGGGGCAGGUCCGCUUCUCCAACGACCAGACCAUCGAGCUGGAGAAGAAGUUCGAGACACAGAAAUACCUCUCCCCGCCGGAGAGGAAGCGCCUGGCCAAGAUGCUGCAGCUCAGCGAGAGGCAGGUCAAAACGUGGUUUCAGAAUCGCAGAGCCAAAUGGAGGCGUCUAAAGCAGGAGAACCCCCAGGCCCCCAAAAAAGAAGAAGUGGAAGGUGCUGACAGUCACAGCGACCAAAGGCCGGAGAGCUGCCCGACCCCCGAGCAGAAGGGUAAGGAGGUCUCCCUGGACGGCUCGCAGUACACCCCCUCACCAGCCUCGCAGGAGGACCUGGAGUCAGACAUCUCUGACGACUCUGAUCAAGAAGUGGACAUUGAAGGCGAUAAAGGCUAUUACAAUCCUACCCACUAACAGCCCCAUGCGGAGAGUGGACCCUAAGUCGGCUUGCACUUUACCAGGGGCUGGUUUGGAAGAACAUUAUGCUACAGGAGAAAACUUUCACCGUUCCACUGAAAGGAAAACAAAAAAACCCACCACCAAAUAGACUCGUUUUAUAAUAAGCAGAGAAAGAAAGAUGUAUUUUCCGCAAACAGUCCAUUUUUGGCAGAUCUCUAAUUUGGUUAAAGGAACAUGGUUUGUAUUUAAUUAUUUGUAAGAUAUAUUUGUACAUUAAUCGGUGUUCUAACUGGAAUAUAAUACUGUACCCUGUCCUUACUCAUGGAGGGGUCUGAAUCAGCUGCUGGUGGUGAUCAGGCAAAACUCCUCCCUAGGUAGUGUGGAAAUGAGUAUGGAUUGCAGGACUAAGCCCUUUGUAUGUGUAAACAAAUGUAGUUUAAAUAGAUUAAUUUAAACACCCUUUGCAAGCAGAGAAACAUGUUCUGUGAAAUAGGGAGGGAUUUGACCAUCCCAACAAGUGCCUUAUGCUCACACCCUUUUACCUGCCAUGGUGCUCUCCACUGAGACAUCCCUCCGUUCAUCAGGUAGAGUCUUCGGACAGAUUCAUUUUUGUUCUUGCGUGAGACAAAAUGUGCCUUCUCAGUCUUUUGAGGACUUUGCCCCGCAAUCUGGAUGGUUCCAUUUGCAGGAAAAAAACCCCCGUAUUUUUCUCCUUGAAAAUCUGUAGCGCUGUUUUUAACAGAUUCUGUAUUUGAGAAGAAAAUGCAAGGAGUGAUAGGACCCUGCUGCAGUAGAGAAGCUGGCAUCAGCUGUGGGGGAUA